UUUGUUCCAUUUACAUUUUAGUUUUUUGACUGCAGGAAUAUUGCUGUAUAAGGUAGGCUAUUUUAAAUCCAAAAAUCAUGAACGUUCUGUUCCUGCCAGCUUUCAGUUUCGUCUUGUGUCUCAGUUCUUUAAUUGGGGUUGAAGGUUCGUGUCAUGAGUGCCCACCUGACUCUAAAUGUGUCGUCGACAAUUGCGUUUGUUACGUCGGGUACAGUUGGAACGACCCAGUUACAAAGCAAUCUUGCAUAAAAGACCCGCCUUCUACUACCACACCAGUACCCACCACAACAACUACCACUGUACCAACUACAACAACCACUACAGUCAAAAUCUCAACUACAAUAGUUAGUGAAGCUUCCACGGUAACAGCAGUCGCGAAAACAACCGCCUCGGAAACAACUGCAAAUGACAUAACUGCAUUGGAAACUACUAACAAAAUUUCUGAUCAAACUAGUACGCCACUAAGUACACCUACUGGUCAGAAUUCUUCUACAACGUUUACCCCAAACGUUGUACCAAAUUCCAAGGCACCUAAUGCGAGGGGGUCUACCAAAAAUGUUCAUUUUGGUUUUUGUUCUUACUCGAGGUCUCAGUGCGAAGCUACAUUAACUGGUAUCAUCUUGGGUUGUUUUCUUCUCGCUGCCCUGCUCGUAUCCGUAGCAGUUAUAAUGAGAAAACGGCAAAUCAGACACGUACUUGUGUAAAAAAGAAAGAAAUAUAAAAGCUACAAAAAUGAUUCGCAUUUUAUAUAUGGUAGGAUGGGGGGAGAUGGGACACCUUUUUAUUCUAUUUUCUCGUACAUUUUGGUAGUGAACAAAGAACAUUCAAGGAAUUAUAAAACCUUGUCCUCGCGACUUUCACAGACCGUUAAUUGUUCAAAACACGACCAGGAUAUUCAUAUAUUUUGUGCUAAAGGUGUCCCAUCUUCCCCCACCCCACUAUAUAAAAGCUACAAAAAUGAUUCGCAUUUUAUAUAUGGUAGGAUGGGGGAGAUGGGACACCUUUAGCACAUAAUAUUACAAUAACCUAAUCGUGUUUUAAACAAUUAACAACGAUCUAUGUGAGUCGUGAGGAUGCGGUUUUAUAAUUCUUUGAAUGCUCUUCUUUACUACCAAAAGGGACGAGAAAAUAGAAUGAAAAGGUGUCCCAUCUUCCCCCACCCUACUAUAUCACCUUGGCCUACAUAUUAAAAAGGCUGUGAAACAAAAAACUCACAUAGUACUGUUGGGGUAAGAUGUGACCCGUAGCACAUAAUACUCCUUUAUUUCCUAAUCGGGUGUUUAAUAAUUAACGACACUAUUUUACAGUCGUGAGUAAACGGUUAUGAAAUUCUGUAAAUGUUCUCUGUUUCUACCAAAUGCGACGAUAAUUGAGAAUAAAAACAUGUCUUACCCCAACCUGCUAUAUGUAUAUUAACAACUUUAAUAUUUUUGUAUUAUCUAUUUCGAAGUAAUGUGCUUAUACAUUGUAUUUAUUGUUGUAUACAAUUGCAUAUAUUCUUAUUAUCUGUACAGCGCCAAAUAUGGAUUAUAGUUUAUAUGUGUAAAAAACCUUGCCGUUAGUUGGCGCCGUUGCUUUGUGCAAUGAAAACGCUAUUUCUUAGCCAACAAAAAUUGAAACCGUGUGAAAUGAAUGGAAUAUACAGACGUGUAUUAUGUGUUGGGAAUGUGAGUAUCUGCGUCGUGCUGUAAUACAUGGGUUUAGUUUUUAUCAA